ACCUGCACCUGCAUAAGCAAUCCUCUUUUCUUCUUUGCUUACUCUUUUCCGUCCCUUUUCUCCCUCUUUUGCCGCCAUCCCUCGUCUCGUCCUUUGUCGCCAACCUGCUCUCCUCCCGAUUCGCAAGCUCGCGAACCUGAACGUGCGCCUACUUCUUUUCUUCGGCAACGUCAAGCUUCUCCUCGACAGCGAUACCCCGACAGUAACACGCUUCAUCUGCGUUCGCAUCCCAUCUCGCUGGGCCGCAGCCUCUCUCACCUCGUCAACGCGAAACUCUCCAGCCGCCAAUCCCUCCAGCGAUCCCCCUUUCCUUCGUCCGAUCUUCUCUUGUAGGGCCAGACAGACGGGUCUGAAGUUCACAACAGCCAGUCGUUUCCAUUGCAGUACUGCCGCCGCGACUCUUCCUCAAGACGACCAUCCAUACUCUGCAAGGUCUCUCUCUGUCUGUCAAAGGCACCACAUCCUGGCAGGCCACCCACCACCGCCACGCCCACGCCUCGCCUCUCCACGCGCCCCCAGUCUCCCCUUCCCUGACCGCACUCAACCUCUCAACGGCGAUAUUCCCGGUAGAGCCACUCUUUAAGCUCAGAGCACUGCGACGCUCCCCUCCGCAGAGACCUCCGCCCAGUCCCGGCGCCCUCCACCUGCGACAGCACUCCUCUCUCGACGCCGCGUUCCCUUGGCACCCUGUGCACUGGUACACCCGUACUGGACGUUGCAACGGCCGCCGUGAUACCUAACAGCCCCUGACUUACUGCGUACUGUAGAGGCGAGUCUGUGGUGCAGCACCCUACAGGCUUAGGGCAGAUACAGCAUACAGUGUAACUUCUCGCCUACUGCCGGCCCCUGGAUCUGCCUUGCAAUCCGGCGUUCCAUCCAGACAGGCUUCUGCCUCCGGCGAUUCGCUCCUGCUCCGGGCUGUUGCUGGUCGCAGUCGAAGCUCCCUUGCUGAGUCGCGUUGCGUGCCUGUCACAGUACCUGUACACCUAAUAUAGAGUCCAUUGGUUCAGGUUGCAGCCAUGCCACCCUCGUCCGCCGCCUCGCCGCCCCCAAUCCUGGCCAUCACGGCUACUUAUUUCCAGCUGCUGGCCCAACAUUUACCCCGACCCGUCUACGAACUCCUCUGCAAGACUCAACAUCACAUCGCCCGUGUCUUGUCCUCUACCAUCGUCGUCCGCCUACACUCGACCAUCCCCCCAAAGAUGCGACGCCCUCUAGGUUUCUCGGCCCUGUUAGUCGUGCUAUUUCUCAUCAUCGGCUUGCCUGUCAUCCUCGCCCAAAGCGAACCCUUCCACUGCUACCCGUACCCGCCUGCCGACAAGCUCGCAAGUCCCUUCAUCACUCUACAGCCGCAUUGCUGCAAGGGCCCAAUUGACAACAAGCUAAGGGUCGGCACCCAAUGUGAGCUGGCCAACGGAGGGAAAUACAAGACCAAGUUUGGACAGGACUUGGGAACCUGUGCGACGGGCUGGGUCGACGCAUGCUGUAUGCGAUUGCACUACCCGCCUGAAAUUCCGCGACCUGACAUGUCGUUCUGCGACGCCGGUUUUCUCGUCAAACCUGAGUCGAAGAACAUCAUCAAUGCUCGAAACUGGAUCCCCGAGAACUACGGCGUUUGAUGGCUACCGACUAAGAGUAGAAAAGAGGCAACAGAACAACAAGGACGCGCUCACCCCGAGCCUGCAGUAGAGGGCUCGCGUUUGGCACCAGCGGGGCUUUGCGCGACACGUGCACAUUGAUCACCACUGCUUCCCAUGAAGAACCAGGAUCUACGUCGUGAGCUGAAGGCCUCGAGUGGUAUUCCAACUUCAACAACAACCUACGGAGCCUAGGGAUUUUUCGCCAAAGCCGCGGUUUGGGGAUGGAAAGAGUCUCGGCCAGAAAAACAGAGAGGCCGCCCUGCGCCUUGUUGAAAACUUGGAACGAUACACGCUGCACGACGAAGAAACAUAGACAUUUUUUGGGCGGGUUUUGCGGGCGAUGAGCGCGUUAUGAAGGCACGACUGCAACGUAUCGCCCUUGAACGAAAUUACCCAGGGGCUUUCGCAUUUUAUAUACCCAGGACGACUGAAAUUUAAUUAUUGCUUGCAUCUUAUCUUGUACAACAGCAACACCCGAACUUUUACGACGAGUCGCCAGAUGAAAGGUCCGGGGAGGAACAAAAACAGAUGACCCAUCGACGUUGGCUGUGCAUUCGGCGGCAAGGCGGCUUGGAUGAGG